CACGCGGUUCUUUGUGUCUGAGAGCGGGUCAAGAACAGGAUUAGGAAACCACUCUUGACGUAAAAUGUGCAUGUUAGGUUUUUGACGGUGUGGAGUGCGUAAUAAGUACCAAGUCAAGUGUUAUGUUUUAGAGACUAGCUACUGUUUGGAAACUAUGGAAGCCAAAAGUCCCGGUGCCUCUACACCGUGCAGAAAACCGGUUCUGAGUGGAAGCGCACGAAAGCUGAAAGACAACGCGGCGGACUGGCACAACUUCGUAAUGAAAUGGGACCGACUAAAUGACGAGGGAUCCACGAUCGCGAACCAAAUCGUAAACUUAAAGUUGAGCAAAGAGGCGGUGAAGGAAGCGGACAUCGCCGAAGACGGUGGCCAAACCGCCAUUACCCAGCGCACAGGAAGCGCGUCUGCAGCCGCCGCCGAGCUCGAGGAUCGGUGUUCUGCAUUGGUGGUCAUUUUGGAGAAGAUGGCUCACCUAGUAUCCAAAAUGGAAAAGUUGGCCUCUUCAACAAAAGGUGUGUGUGAGCUGCAGGAAUUCCAGCAGGAGCGCACAGGUGUGUGUGCACCUCUGUUUCAUACCUGGCCAGUUACACACUUUGACGAGGUCUCCUCCCGCCUCCUGCGCUCCUACACGGAGGAGCUGGCUCUGAAGGAGGUGAUCGUGGGGGAGAUCGCGCACACCUGCAGGUCGGACCUGGCCCUGGUGUACCUGUCCUGCUGGCUGUACCAGCCCUACCUGGAGCAGAGCAGCACAGUGCAGCUGGAGAGCCUGCUGCUGGAGACUGGGCACAGACCACUGUGAGCACAGACACACACACACACACUCAUACAUACACACACCUCAUACACACACACACACUCCACAGCUGCCUGGAGCUCUCCACAUUUGCACAAACCGUAAACUCUGUGUUUGUGAUGGCUGAGACGAAUCUGGACUUUACCGAUUGCCCGACAGCCCCACAGGACGGAGCACUGAUGCUUCGCAAGGAGGAGGUUGCAGGUUUGAGUCCAGGCUUUCCGGAUCUUCUCUGCAUGGAGUUUGUAUGUUCUCCCCGUGUUCGCGUGGGUUUCCUUUAGGUACUCCAGUUUCCAAAAGUCAUACCAUGACUAUGACUUGGUAAAGGCAUGCGAGACAUACUGCUGCCUCUGCCAAGCCACUGGCCACUGGCCUUUUAUACAGCUGGAUAUUUACUGAACACUGCUCAGGACUUCUGAUCAUUACAGCACUGCUGCUUGCGCCAUGAACCCUCUUUUAACUUCUGCUGCAUAAGAAUAAACACCACGCUCUGUUUAAAUAAUGUUUUUAAGUUUAAUUUCCCUUCAAAAUGUAGCUUUCAAGUUAUUUUUCUGACAAUUGUGGGCAUGUUACAACCAGCAUUUGUAACAUAAAAAAGUAAUAAAACACCUGGGUCUCUUUUUUUAAA